AUGGGAUUCACCCACGAUCUGGUAGUUUUGCUACAACCAUGCACUGAGUCGUUUCUCAGGGCCACGGGGUCAUUUGCCGUUCUUGGUUUGGUCUAUUUUCUGAUUCUGGGCGCAUAUCGUCUGACGCUGCACCCGCUCGCCAAGUUCCCAGGCCCUAAACUGGCAGCCUUCACGCAGUGGUAUGAAACGUAUUAUGAGUUCUUCAAGCAACCAGGGGGGCAGUUUCUUUUCCAUUAUCGCAAACUUCAUGAGGAAUAUGGCCCCAUUGUCCGUAUUAGCCCCUUCGAAGUUCACAUCCAAGACUCGGCUUUCUUCGAGGAAAUGUUCUCUCAAUCCCAUCAGUGGGAUAAGCUGAAACACCUCGAACAUCGAUUCAACAACGCUACUGGCACAUUCCCGACUCCCGAGCAUGAGGCCCAUCGACACAGACGCGCAGCUUUAAACCCCUUUUUCUCGAAGCGAGCAAUCACUGGUGCGGCACAGAUGAUGCAGGAACAACUUGGAAACCUAUGCUUGCGUCUUCGUCGGGAGUAUCAAGGGACUGGGAAGGUCUUGCGCCUCGAUUGGAUGUGGGGAUGCAUUGCGUCAGAUAUCAUUGUUCGAUAUUGUUUCGAUCGCGGAUACGGCUUCUUGGAGGCUCCAGACUUCAGCUCGCCCUUCAUCCAGGCACUAUUUGACUUGCUGGACGGUGUUCACUUGGUGACACAAUUUCCAUGGGUUGCGACAAUAUUCAAUGCGCUACCGGAAAAAGUGGCGGAAGCGUUGCAACCAGGGCUUAAGUCGGUGAACCACUACAACAAGGAGAUGAGAAAUCAAAUUGCCGACAUUCUUGACAGUGCAGCAACCUCCAAAACCUCGGACAAGAAAACCGUGUUCAAUGCGCUGCUUGAAUCUGAUCUACCACCGCAGGAGGUCACUCUCGAUCGCCUCCAGCACGAAGCAAUCACCGUAAUUGGGGCUGGCUUUGAGACAACGAAAUAUGCCCUGACAGUGGCAAGCUUUCAUAUUAUCAACAUCCCUUCUGUCUACCAGCGCCUACGUCAGGAACUUGAUGUGGCCAUCCCAGAUCCCAAUCACAUCCCGUCACUGAGCGAGUUGGAGAAACUCCCUUAUCUAACAGCCUGUAUUCAAGAAUGUGUCCGCCUCUCCUACGGCGUCUCGCAACGCGCUUCCCGCAUCUCCGACCACAUCACCCUCACCUAUAAAUCCUACGUUAUCCCCCCGGGCACGAUCAUUAGCAUGGACAACUACUCAGUCUCGCACGAUGAAAGUAUUUUCCCCGACUCAUUUACCUUCAGACCAGAGCGCUGGCUCGGCGACCCUCUGGCCCCAGACGGAAGAAAGCUCACCCGGUAUUUGGUCUCGUUUGGCCGUGGAACGCGCUCGUGUCUUGGAAUCAAUCUCGCGCACGCAGAGAUGUAUAUUGCGAUGGCGAAUAUAUAUCGGAACUUUGAGUUUGAGUUGUUCGAGACGGAUCGCAGUGCGGUUGAUAUCUACCGUGAUAUGUUUUUGCCACACGCGAAGCCGGGGACUCAAGGGGUUAGAGUGAGGGUGAGGUGA